UAGAUCCUCGUGUUGGUCUCAUUCCAGUUCGACUCACGGUUUAAUUCAAAGGAACCGAUUCAGUGAUUCGCGAUAACGAAUCAAACAUAACCAAAGAACAAACAGUCCAUCAUACCGAUGAGCUGAAUGAAAUGAGCAGAUCAGGUUUCUGACCCCUCCAUGGAAGAGGCCAGCGAUGAGGGGCUUUUACUCAAAGCUGGAUUCCUCAUCUUUGGGCAUGGCUGUGCCUCUGAACCUGGCCGUGGAGACUGAGAAAGCUCAGGCCCUGCUCCAGACCUUCAGCACUGCCUCUCUGUUAGCCAGCGCAGGCCUGGGCACUUUCUGCUUCUUCGUUGAUCACUUUCUGACACUCCCCUUCAUCCAACACCAUCUGUGGUUCAGGGCUGUCCUUGAUAACGCCGUCCAUGGCAUUAUUGGACUCUGGUCCUGGGCCAUUGUGAUUGGGUUGAGGAAGAAAAGUGACUUCUAUGAAGUCGCCUUGGCUGGGUUUCUGGCCUCUGUCAUUGACCUGGACCACUUCUACUUGGCUGGAUCAUUGUCGCUUAAGGCUGCUGUGAAUCUGCCGCACAGGCCUCCGUUGCACUGCUCCAGCCUGAUCCCAGUGCUGUGCUUCUCUUUGCGCCUUCUCAUGUGGGCCUGUCGGCUCAAGGACUCCUGGUGCUCCCUGCCCUGGAUGCUGUUCAUCUCACUGACGUCGCACCACAUCCGCGACGGCAUUCGCCACGGUCUCUGGGUGUGUCCGUUUGGCAACACGGCGCCCAUCUCCUAUUGGCUGUACGUCACCAUCACAGCCACCCUCCCUCAUCUGUGCUCUGUGCUCAUGUAUCUGACCGGCACUAGAGACAUGAUCUCCACCAAACACGGAGUUGCCAUAGACGUCUGAUGCACUGUCUUAAUUGUAGUUGUUUGUUUAUCUAUUUAUGUUUUUCCCAGCAAAAAAUAUUUCCAUUAGCUCUUCUCUGCAUUGUUGCCAUACAAACAUUAUUUGUCCAUUUUUUUCCUUCAGAGCUCUCCAGUGUGUUUGAUACUAACUACUGUAGUCGUUCAGGUAUCAGUGUGAAAUCAGGUUGUAUUGACUGUGAAGACUGUGAAUAUUUUAAUAUGUAUGGUGUAGAUUUGGGUUGGGCGACGAUAAAAUCUAUUUUGCAGCAUUUUUAGUACAAUAUUUCAUAUAAAAAUCUAUUUCAGAGCAAAUACAGAAGUAACAUUUAUGAUUUUUGCAGGUUUUUGACUACUUAAUACAUAUAUUAAGUAGUAUAUUACGAUUAAUUCCUGUUUGAAAUUUUUUAUAUGAAAAAUGGUCAAAAGGCUUCAAAAUACAGACCAUUUUGAAAGUAUAAUUUCUAUGUUUGCUCUGCAUUUGUUCUGAUCUGGAUCCAGAUUCUCAUAGUUGUGAAGUAGACAAUAUUUAAUGGUUGUUAAUGUUUAAUAAUUGAUUAAUUUACAAUACAAGUAUAACAAUAAGAGUAAUACAACAUUUACCUACAUAUAUUAAGACGCUACACAAAGGCUUCAGUGAGCGGUUUGAGUGAUGAUGCAAACCAAAUUUCUGAUUUAUAGUUUUAAAUCAAUUCACUUAAGUUACAUUAGCAAAAUUUUGGUGAAAUAGGCACAAAAAAAAAGGCCCAUUAAAGUCUCUUUCAAAACAAGCAGCUUUCUGUAGGACAAUACAAGAAGUCAGUGUAACCAACUUGGGAAAUCUUUCAGCGUCGUGCGCAAUUUCCGUUCACUUGGAUUCUUAUUAAAAUGAUUUUGCGGAUACAAAUUUGACCAUAAAAGUUUGUGGAACACAGAAUGUUGCUGUACAUUAACACCCUUGUUUCUAAGAUUAAAAGUUAUAAUGUUAUAAAUGCUAAUAAGAAAACAGAAGGAUUGUGAGUGAAAUUGAAUUGCUAAAUAAAAAGUGCUACAAAAACUAGUGUAGCACUUUUUAAAACUAGUGUGAUUAAUUUAUAUUUACAGUAAAAUCGUUGUGAAUGUUCGAUAUUAUCGCCCAGCCCUAGUGUAGAUGGUCUGAAAGCACCAUUAUAAACCUUAGUUGAAGGCUUCAGCAUUGUGUUGUCAUAUUUAGCUUAGCGGUGUAGACUUGUCUAUUCAAAUAAUGCCAUUUUAUUGCAUUGAUUUUCCGAAGGAACCACAGACACAAGGCUGGAUUCAUACCGCGACUCAUGAUGUGUCAUGCGUCUAGGAAUAGGAAUUGAGAAUGAAUGUGUGUUGAUGGUCUUUGUGCUUGUGCGAGGUGAUUCUGUGUUGUGUAUUUGCAGUUGAAGGCAUACUUGAAGGAUGUGAUUCUCUCUGUAGUGUCAGAAAAACACUGGUAGACCUAGUUUAACAUGGAAAAGUCCUUAAGGAAUCGGAUAAAAAGAACAGAAAUACUUUCUGUUGUUACAGAAUAGCCUAUUAUUGCUGCCUUUUUAGCCACAGGCUUUGAAAUAACUAAAUACUUGCCGACUUGCGUUUUAUUUCCGAACCACUUAGAACUUUUAAAUGAAUAAAUAGGAACUGUCUUUGUAUACAAACUGCAAUUCUGCUUCUUGACAAUUAAUCAAGCUCCCCCAGUUCAUUUUGUUUUUAUUCAGUUGUGUGCCGGCAUAGUCAUUUUAAUACUUUAAAAUAGAUGUGAAGUGCAAACCAUGUUUCUUCUGAAAGCUACAGAUUAAGGACUCACCGUGGCUUUUUUUCCAGGUUGAAUUAUGAAUCAGAUAUUGUUCAAUGUUUGCUUUUACAGUACAAUGUAUAGUUGCAGUUGGUGUAUGUAUACAACCUGACAAAAGUGUAUACAUACACAAUGCUUUUUUUUAUUUUUAUAUAUAUAUAUAUAUAUAACCUUGUUCUUAAUGUUUUCAACAUCGUACUGGGAUUAUGUUGUGCCCAAAAAUGUUCAUUGUCACAUUUUGUGUACAUUCACUGCACCCAAUUUCAAAUAUUUUCAUUUGCUAAAAAAUGCAUAAAUAGACACAGUUUGUAUUUGUCUGUAAUUUUCUUCAUUAUACAUAAAUAUUUUAAGAUUUUGAAAAUGUGUGUCCAAACUUUUGACUGGUGUCAUAUAUAAAAUGGCUGCAUUUUUGGUCAAAUGCUGAGGUGAUUUAACUGGAUCAGGAAACGCAUAUAUUAUCAUUGUCAAAACAGCUUUGAGUUACGUCAGUGGAAACUUGUGUACUGAAAUGCUUAUUUUGAUAGUAUUGCACAUUUAUUCAUUAUGGUAUUAAGGGAAACAAUGUUUAAAUUAUAUUUUUGUUUUGACUGCUUAAAUCAGUUUAAGGCCUUUUCAAACCUGCAGAGGGAGCUGUAGACCAACUCCAGUCAAUGUUUUUUGUUCCUUAAUAUUAUUAUUAUUAUUUUAUUUUUUUUGUUAACUAUGUAUUUGGUGUAAAUAUUUAUUUUAUUUAUAUGCUGUUUUUUUUGCACAUAAUUGAGAUUUGUCAAUAACGUUGUGUUGAUGCAUUGUCAAGAAAUGACUGAAAGCAUUAUUUCUGAAAAUUGUCACCAAUCACACUAAAGGUGUAUAUGCACCCUUCUGUUAUAA